GCUAGACAGCUUUGAAAACAGAAACAACACGGUUAACGAGGAACAACAGCACGUUUGUUGACCAGAAACAUCUGUAACGAAGGAUAGGCUUCUUGAUAGGAUGCGCACCCAAGUGGACGUCUGUCUCAUCUUCAGAUAUCUAUUUCUUUGCUAGAAAAAUCUAAUUCUCUAGCUAACGUUAGCUGGCUAACUACUAGCUAACUCUUGCCAUUUUGACCUCGGUUCUGGAACGUUGUCUGCCACGGUUGUGAUCACAUUAACAUGUCUGGGACUUCAGGUAGAGCGGUGCUCCCUCAACCUCCAACAAAAACUAUUGUUGUCUACAGGAAUGGGGAUGCUUUUUUCCCUGGACGAAAGUUUGUUAUAAAUCAACGACAGAUGUCAACGUUUGACAGCUUUUUGAGCUCUGUCACGCGUGGGGUUGAGGCUCCUUUUGGAGCGGUCCGAAAUGUUUACACUCCAAGGGAAGGGCACAAAAUCCAUGACCUCGUCAACUUGCAGCACGGGGAGAGAUAUGUUGCAGCCGGAGGAGAGCGUUUCAAAAAGCUUGAUUAUUACCAUAUAACAACGAAGAAACCACAGAAAAAGAAGAAUGAACAGAUCCGACCUGUAGUUCACAGUAGAAUAGUUGUUUCUGCUCGCUGGAGGAAAAUAAUAAACGAGUCAUGCACUAUCAAUGUUUUUACCAAUGGAGAUGUGUUGGUUCCUCCAGCUCGGAUACUGAUACCAAAGUAUACUCUCACAAACUGGGAAAGUGUCUUGGCCAUGGUGACCGAGAGGGUACAUCUGCGCACUGGUGCUGUGUACAGACUGUGCACAUUAGAUGGGACUACUUUACUUGGGCCAGAGGAGCUAGAGAACAACCAGUACUAUGUUGCUGUGGGAGCUGAGAAGUUCCGCUUCUCGCCAUACUUCCAGUGGGUCCCCAGCAGAGGAAUCAUCCGGGACAACAGUCAUCAUGCAGUCAACAAUGACAGUCUCCCAGUCCCUGUUCCCACAAGGAAAGGCAAACAUGCAAAAUUUGCUCACACAGGCUCUGGAGAUGACCUUGAGCACACAGCCAGGGUCCAUCCCAAGAACGCCACAGAGUCUUACUUCUACGCCAAGCCAGAGAAAGAGAGAGAGACAGCCAAACAACAGAGGCAGGUGUCCAGACUCCCACUUCUUUACACAACGGGCGAAGGCAGUGUGUUCCGUGCGAAAGACAAAAGAAGUGAAACUGUGGGAGCAGCUGAGGUCCAGGAAGAUGGCAGAGUGAUGGUGGACCUGCCAAUUGACCAGGUUGAGGCCAAGGUAGUCCCGGAGGAAGAGCAGUAUGUCCGGAGGAAUUCUAGGCCGGCCGGUGAGACCCAGAGUCCCUACAAAGCCUUCCUCCAAGGCUCUGAUGCAUCCAGGAAGGCCUCGGCCCCCUCGUCUGGUCACGGGGAGUCAGGUAGAGGCACUGGUCUGACCAGCUCCAGAGACGGAGGACUAAAGUCGCCGCUGGAACCUGAGCCACAGGAGACUAAAGAGGAGGUGGAGGCAGUGUCGUCCUCAAAUCUGUGCGGAAUACGGUCACGGAUGUCCAAGUUCUUCAAGGAAAAAAGAAAAAAGUGACCAGUUUCCAGACCAAAAUGCCAUUUAUUCAGUCAGAGAAUUCUAAGAGCCAGAAUCAGAGAGUCCUGUAGUAACAGGAGCGGUCGAGGACAGCGUACCCCUUACGAGACCCCCACGUACGAGAUUUAAAAAGUGUUUUAAACCAAAUAAAAAUGUUUGUGUCUUGACAGCCCCACCGUGGAUAUAUAAGGCCUCUUAUUCCGCGGACUGUAUUGCAUAAUUAUGUAUGGUCUAUGAAUAUUGCAUGACACCUCACACUGAGCGCAUGGUAAAAUGCCUAAUUGCAGAGUUUAAUUAUUAAGAAGCAAAGGUCCUUGGCGGGUUACACAGAAGCACUUUUGAUCAAUUAUUUUUGGUGUUUUUUCUGAUUAAUUAUUUUUGGGCUGGUGCCUCAGCAGGCCUAGUGGACAGUGUAACCGCUCUUGAGAGAGACUUAGCCUCCUGUGGAGAGGAAUUACUAUGCUGAUUAAAAUCCGGUGGAAUCAACUAAAAACUAAUGAUAU